CUGCGAUGUCGACGGCGGGCUGCUCGGGUGCGUUGGCUUUUCAUUUUGCGAUAUCUUUCAACGCGGCGACCGCCCCCCCGCCCUCCGAUGGAAUUCGACGCCCCGACGUUUGUGGAAGCCCUUGUGUCCCAGGACAUGGCCAAGCCGAUCGUGGCCACGGCGGCGCUGUCGGCAGGCCAAGUCAUCUUUGCCGAGGCCGCCACGGUCGCGUCGGCGGGUGGCAUGGAGCCCGAGGAAGGGUUCCAUGAGGAGGACUGCGAUGACGAAGACUGCGACGGGUGUGCUGCCAUCGACGAGGACGAUGCGGCCAUCGAAGACACGUUGGACGAAUCGGAACACGACGAAGUCAGCGCUUACGUCGUCGAGCACUUUGCCGACCUCACGGCGGCGUGCGAAGCGUUCGAAGCGCUCGCGUCGUCCGAAGUGCGCAAGAACUUGUUCAAGUGCUUCCACUUAAUUGACGUUGACGCCAAGGCGGGCGACACGUUCCUGUCGUUGGACGUGGUGGCAGCCGACAUUCCGGCAACGUUGGAUGCGGCCAGAGCCCUCCGCGAAGCCCACCCGGCAGUCAUCCCGGCCAGCCUCACCGACGACCAGGUUGCCCACCUCAUCGGCGUCCUCCACAAGCAUAGCAUUCCCCUGGAAGACAUUGGCGGGUCGGGCCUGUUUUUCUUUGUGUCCAAGCUCAAGCACAGCUGCCGCCCCAACGCUUCCUACACGGACUCGGGCGACGCGAUCUGGGUCACGGCCAUCCAACCCAUCGCGGUGGGCGAAGAAAUCACCGUCGACUUCUUCGACACGCACUACAUGUGCCUGGCCGAGCGAAAAGAAGUUCUCGCCGAGGAAGGUCAUGUGUGCUCGUGCGCUGUGUGCACGGGGACCGCCCCAGACCUCACGCGCAGCUUCAAAUGCCAGGCUGCCGGCUGCACGGAAGGCAUCGUUCACCCGACCAACAACGUGUACGAGUGCAUGACGUGCCAUGCCGCGUGGGACGCCGCGACGAUCGCGGCCGCGGUCGCCGUCGAGGAAACGUUGAUGAAGGAGCUCGAAAUCGACAGCGUCGACCAGCUCCUGGUGCUCGUGCAACAGUCGCCGCUCCACCGCUUCCACCACAUUUUCUACUCGGCGCUCGAAGUCCUCUUGGAAGACCAAGUCGCCGACCAAAACAUGACGGAAGAUCAAGCGAUGGUCCUCAUGAACGCGCAAGCGGAAGCGCUCGACUACGUCGUCCCGUUUGCGCAUUCGGAAAAAGUGUCUGUAUACGAUGCCAUCGCGCAGGCCCAGGUCGAAGCCGGCCGCAUUUCCAACGCCACUGACGCCUACACCAACGCGUACCACAUGUGCGUGAUGGUAUUUGGCCCAGACAGCAAGACCACGAUGCUCUUCAAGAACUUGAUGGACCACACCCCGACCAACGCCGACGAAAUCGCCGCCGCCUAUGGCUUUGAUGACAACGACGACGACGAAUAAGCAAGUCGCCAUCGACCACGGACAGUGUGUGUGUUGCGUGCACGCGUCCUUUCGAAUGGAAAAAAGGGCUCGCCGCCAUCAUCCCCAAAUCCCGAUAAAUUAAGAAGUGCCGCCUCCCAUUCUUGCGUUGUCUACACUUGACGUCGCGAUGGCCGAGUCCGUUGUCCACGGCUUUGAUUCGGCCUGCGUCCGGGCGGCACAGCGGACACGGUGCGCGUCGUCACUGCUGGCCGUCUGGGUUGCGGUGGCGACGAAGCCGUCAACGUAACAGAACGGUUCCAGCCACAAACGGCCAACUCGAU